AUGAAGUGGUUAUGCGUCCACGGCACAGGGUCCUCCGCCACCAUCUUCCAGGACCAGCUGGCGGCUGUCACAGCCCACCUCCCAAAGCAUGCAUUCCAUUUCAUCAACGGCCCCUUCACCUCCAAACCAGCCGCCGGUCUGGACCUCCGCUAUCCAGACGGUCCCUACUACACAUGGUGGCAAAAGGCAACCGUGCCUAAUAUUCGAGCUGCCUGUGAAAAUUUCCAUAAAUAUCUGAUCCAGCACAACAGCCCAUAUGACGGGGUGACAGAGAGACCAACCGAGCCAUUGCCAUUCAAAGCCGUGGUAUUCAUAUGCGGGGGACCGGUCUUCUCGGUGCUAGAAGGGCUGGGAAUGACCAUUUCGGACGAAGUUCAUGACGAUCCUGAAAUGGGGAAAGGACCGAUGGACUACUUCCGGGGAAAUGGUGAUACCGAUCUCCAUUUGGAUCCGUCGGCCCCGAUUGACCCCUCGAACGUAUUCGGACUGGAUACUAUACAAACGCCGCAGAAUCUGCGCAUUGAAAUUCCAACGCUCCAUGUCUAUGGGCGAGUUGAUCCUCGGUUGCCUGCUUCGCUGCAACUACUUUAUCUAUCAGAGUCCACAAAACGAUUGGCAUAUCAACAUGAGGGCGGGCAUAAUAUUCCACGGAGCUCUGCGGCAGCUGAGAGGAUUGCGCGAUUAAUAGAUGAAUGUGCUCAGAUGAUGGUGGAUACGCAAUAA